GAAAAUGCCUCCAUUGAACACUGACAGUGAAAAACAUAAAGAUGUUUUACCUAAACCAAAAAAAACUAAAUACACUGGUAUUGUAAAACGUGGUCGUGGUAGACCCCCUAGAUCCAAAACCACUGCUGUUGCUCAUUUGUGCAACAGUGCAGAGAAAUUGCCCACUUCAGGACAAGAUGAUUGUGAAGUGGAAAAAACUAAGAAAGACCGUGAGAUUGAGCAGGGUAAUAAGCAAGAACCAAAUACACAGCAGGAGAAAGACUCAACAGAAAUGGAAGAAGCAGAUGUUAACAGCAGUUUUGCACAGACAACGCUGGAUUCUCACUUAAAAUAUGCUGGUCAGGCAAAGGGACCAAGUAUCAUUGAUAAAAUUUUCCAUCAGACUCUUCCAAGUUUUGAAAGUCUCACUUGUAGAAGUUCUCUGAAUACUGAUCAGCCGCUAACAUCGAGCCUGCGAGACACGUCUUUUAGCCUUCAAAAAUGCCAAGGAUGGAAAAGUGAAGACAAGAAUAGUAAAUUAAUGAUGAAUAGCAGUGAAGUGAUGUCUAAGGGCAUUUGUGGUAAGAAAAAAGCAGAGACGUCUGUGCUGAUAAAUGAGAAUGAAGACAUGGAGGUAUCUGACAAGCAAGUAGGGUCACUGUUGUCUUGUGGAGACAUGCUAGAUAAUGUGAAAUGUUCGGUUAAAGAUGGAGAAACUGCCACUGAGGAGAACUCUAGUGGACAAGCCAGUGUGUUACAGAAUAGUGAUUCCCACAAUGAGAUGGGAAAAGACAUUCAGGACCAGAUUUCUGUGCCGUUAACAGUGGAGGAGGACGUAAUGAAGGAUAUUAUGAUGCCAGCUGAUGAUAUUGAUGGUCAUGCCAAGUCGCCCACAGAGAAAGACCGUGAUGUUUCUACCAAUGAACCGAUAGUGAUGGAGGGAAUACAAAUUAAUUUCAGUACGAAUCCUGAUAGUACACAAGCAGAACAUCUCCGAGAUGAACAAAUGUGUUCAUUUCAGGCAACAUCAGACAUGGACAAAGACAUUCAGGCAGCACAUGGUGUUAAUACCCAGGAUGUUAGCUGUGUGGCUGAUUGUUUGGAGAAAGAGGAGGAUUUAGGUAGGAACAAAGAGGUUCGGAUGAUUGAAGAAACUAUGGAGGGAGAAGAAACUGAAGUCCUGGGGCCAAAUGAGCUUGUGCCUUCUUCAGAUGAUAGGUGUUGGGAAAUCACCAAUGGAUGGGAGGAUAAUGAUGAAAUGAAUGAGGAGGGGGACCAGUACAGUGCUGGGAAGAUUGAGGAACAGACCCUACUGGAGGAAGAUGAAUUGAGUGAAGGACACAUUGCGAGUGCUGGGAUUGCAGAUGAUGCAUCAAACGGAGCUCUGACACUGAGAAACACAGAAGAAAUAAUAAGCAGAGAUGCUCCUUCUGUCCAGACUGAAGUAUGGCUUCAGUCAAACUAUCAAAGCCCCAGAGUGUGCAGCGAGAAUAUCUCAGCGGUGACGUCCAAUUCAGAAUCAGGAGAUGAAGAAGAUGUUGAAGUAGAUGUUGUCGAUGGGUCUGUAGAUGAUCCUUUGGGGCUUUUGGCAUCUAGACAGUUUGUCACACUGGCUAUUGAGUGUCUAAUGGAGCAAGAGGAGGAGUUGGAUGCCACUGAAGAAGAGGAGAAUGACCAAUGCAUGCCACAGGAAAUGUGUUCCACCUCAUUACAAGGAGGCAGAACUUUCAAAGGGGGAAGCUGUGUGUCUGGACCGCUGUGUCGCCAAAUACUUGGACUUGCAUGAGAGACUUGGUCGGAAGCUCACUGAGCUCUCUGUUCAGGAUGAGGAGGUGAUGAGGAAGGCCGCUGCGGGCACUGGAUAGACACCCUACAGACUCUACGGGUGGGGCUGAAGGCCUGUGGAUGGGGUUUAUGGGAGGAACGGGCACUCUGGACAUCUAAAGGGGCAAAUCGGGCAGCAUGGCUACAGAUAUAAACAAUAUAACAUGAAUAUGAACAAUAUUUUGACAAAUAUUGAUCCACUGAUAGACAUGCUAAAAUCACUAAAAGAUCAAGACUUUUGGAAGGAGGUGGGUUAUUUUUUGCCCUACGAGUCAUUGAUAGUUUGUUGGCAUGAACAUUAUUAACAUCGCAGGAAUAAAGCGUUUGUCUGGGUAGAGAGAUUAGUGAAGCAUUGUGAAAUUAUGUCCUUGUGAACUUGUUUGAGAGUUUUUUUUAUGUUGACAUUGUAAUUUCCGACAUUCUCUGUGUCAUUUUACAAAGUGUACCUUUAUUGCGCAAUAGAAUAAAAUGAAUAGAAUUAAAAUGUUUACCGUUCUGUUUCUCUUCUGACUCUUUCUUUAAAAUGAGCAAAAACAGUGUGCUGUGUUAUUUUAUAAAACUGUAUUAUUU